GCAAACCAGCUCUCGGGAACGAGGGGCCGGCUCGGCCGGGAUGGCCGCCCUGGCUCAGGACAUCCGCGCAGAGCUCUCCCGACAGAAGCUGGACCACGUGUGGACUGAUACACACUACGUGGGGUUGCAGUUCCCGGACCCGGAUCACCCCAACACCCUGCACUGGGUCAAUGAGUCCGGGAGGGCCGGGGAGCAGCUGCCGCUGGAGGACCCCGAAGUCUAUUGUCCCUACAGCGCCACGGGCAACGCCACGGGAGAGCUGGUGUACGCCCACUACGGGCGGCUGGAGGACCUGCAGGACCUGCAGGCCAGGGGCGUGGAGCCGGCGGGGCGCCUCCUGCUGGUGCGCGUGGGGAUGAUCAGCUUUGCCCAGAAGGUGGCCACUGCCCAGGACUUUGGGGCCCGAGGAGUGCUCAUAUACCCUGACCCAGCAGACCUCUCCCCGGACACACACAAGCUAGGCCUGUCCAGCCACCGGGCUGUGUAUGGACAUGUGCACAUGGGAACUGGGGACCCCUACACGCCUGGCUUCCCCUCCUUCAAUCAAACCCAGUUUCCUCCAGUCCAGUCCUCUGGCCUCCCCAGAAUCCCAGCCCAGCCCAUCAGUGCAGACAUUGCCUCCCGCUUGCUGAGGAAGCUUGAAGGUCCUGUGGCCCCCCAGGAAUGGCAGGGACACCUCCCAGAGUCCCCUUAUCACUUGGGCCCCGGGCCGGGCCUCCACCUAAGUGUCAACAACCGCAGGGCGGCCACCCCCAUCAGCAACAUCUUUGGCUGCAUUGAGGGCCGCUCCGAGCCAGAUCACUAUGUUGUCAUCGGGGCCCAGAGGGAUGCAUGGGGCCCAGGAGCAGCCAAGUCUGCUGUGGGGACGGCCAUAUUGCUGGAGCUGGUGCGCACCAUAUCCACCAUGGUGAGCAAUGGCUUCCGCCCCCGAAGAAGUCUUCUCUUCAUUAGCUGGGAUGGAGGCGACUUUGGGAGUGUGGGCUCCAUGGAAUGGCUGGAGGGCUACCUCAGUGUGCUGCACCUCAAAGCCGUCGUCUACAUAAGCCUGGACAAUGCAGUGCUGGGGGAUGAUAGGUUCCAUGCCAAGACCAGCCCCCUUCUGACCAGCCUCAUCCAGAAUAUCCUGAAGCAGGUGGACUCUCCUAACCGCAGUGGGCAGACCCUUUAUGAGCAGGUGGUGUUCACCAACACCAGCUGGGAUGCUGAGGUGAUCCGGCCCCUGCCCAUGGACAGCAGUGCCUAUUCCUUCACCGCCUUUGCGGGGGUUCCUGCCGUUGAGUUUUCCUUCAUGGAGGAUGACCAGACGUAUCCGUUCCUGCACACAAAAGAUGACACAUAUGAGAACCUGCACGCGGCGCUGCGAGGCCGCCUGCCUGCCGUGGCCCGGACUGUGGCCCUGCUCGCGGGGCAGCUCCUCAUCCGGCUCAGCCACGAUCAUCUGCUGCCCCUCGACUUCGGCUGCUACGGGGACGUCGUCCUCAGCCACAUCGGCAGCCUCAACGAGUUCUCUGGGGACCUAAAGGCUCGCGGGCUGACGCUGCAGUGGGUGUACUCGGCGCGGGGAGACUACAUCCGGGCGGCGGAGAAGCUGCGGAAGGAGAUCUACAGCUCGGAGGAGAGCGACGAGAGGCUGACGCGCAUGUACAACGUGCGCAUCAUGCGGGUGGAGUUCUACUUCCUGUCCCAGUAUGUGUCGCCGGCUGACUCCCCAUUCCGCCAUAUCUUCCUGGGCCGUGGAGACCACACGCUUGGUGCCCUGCUGGACCACCUACGGCUGCUUCGAAAGGGUGACUCCAGGGCCCCAGGGGCCUCCUCCCCUGGGGUAGAACCCAGCCUAGGCUUCCAGGAGAGCCGCUUCCGUCGACAGCUGGCCCUGCUCACCUGGACGUUGCAGGGGGCAGCCAACGCACUUGGUGGGGAUGUCUGGAACAUCGACAACAACUUCUGAGGCCCACCAGGGGCCCCCCAUACCCUUGUCCCCAUCUGAGAUCACAUCUUCUCCCCACUUGAGUGAUUUUGGGGUGACAGAGGUGUCCACGCACCACCUCUCAUUGCUGACCAAGAUUCUCACUAGCCUUUUCCUGUCCCUGCACAGCCCAGAUCCCAGCACAUAGACAUGCACACAUCCCUGGCUCUGCCAAUGUAGGAGUAGGUGAGCAGUGCCUCCCGUAAAGUGAUGGUCAUACUGUCAACUAAUCAAAGAGCAGUAUCUGCUCAUUCACAGACCCUUCCCCAUGCCUUGAGACCAGCCUUGAAGGUUUUGUAGACCCUGGGGUCUGGCCCAGCUGUCAGUAGAAGAGCUUGCUAGACCUUAUAGUCAACAGGUGGUCUGUGGUGUGAGAGGCAUGGGUUUUGGACUUCAAUAAACCACCUGGUGAAAUCCUGUUGUCUCUAAGCAUCUUUAUGCUACCUCUUCACCCUCACCCCCACCCAGUCAUCCCUCCUUUGAGACCUAGAGAGGGGCUGGGCAGAAGGGGCCAGAGGGGUAUUGUUCAAAAUGCUGCAUCCAUAGGAAAAACUCUGAGCUGUUCCUGUUACCUGAGGAAAUAGUGAAAGCCUAUUCUCCAAAGAGGUCCCCAAGUGGUGCAAAAGAUGUGUGUUCGACUACUAACCUAAGGGUUGGUAGUUCAAAUCCACCCAGCAGUGCCAUAGAAGAAAGGCUUGGCAAUCAUUUCCAUAAUGAUUACAGCCAAGAAAACCCGAUGGGGCAGCUCUACUCCGUAACGCAUGGAGUUGCCAUGAGUUGGAAUCCAACUUGAUGGCAAUGGAUUUGGUUUUAUUCUAAAAAAAAAAUGGACUGAAACAUACCAGUGAUCAUGAAGAUGACACAGGACUGGGCAACAUUUUGUUUUGUUGUACAUGGGGCCACCAUGAUGAGUCAGAGCUGACUCCAUGGCAACGAACAACAACAGUCUCCAAAGACCACCCCCAUGGAACAGCAGACUGGUUCUGGAUCUUCUGCUGGGACCAGUGCCAGCUACAUAAUUUCCAAGGCCCAAUGCAAAAUGAAAAUAUAGGGCCCCUUGUUCAGAAAGCAGGAACAAAGCCCCUUUCUUCCAGUCUCUCAG